AUGUAGAAAAAGGUUUUUAUCUUGAUAGGUAACGAUGAAACACUAAAAAAUUAGAUCUAUACUUAAAUAACAGGAGUCAUAUAGUUUUAAAAUGAAGAAAAUUACAAUCCUUUCCCUUAAGUAAUAAAACAAUCUCAUUCCUUUAAAGGAAUAGAAUAAUAUGUAUUGAACACUCCACCAAUAAAAACAAAAGAAGAUCACAAAAUGUUAUGGAGUUUAAUCGCUACUAUUUGUUAAUGUCACAAAUUAAUUAUUGAAAAGGUUUUUUACUUUUUGCUUAAUUAACAUUAAGUAUUUACUGAUAUCUUAGUUGAUUUAAAGGUACUGCUAUUUUAUUCAAAUUAUUCCGAUUGUGGAAUUUAUUUUUUUACAAAUUCAAAGGAGCUUUAUGAUUAAAUGAAUUGUAAAAACAAAAAUACAAUUUGCUUUUAAAUCUUAGGUAUUACAGAUCUUUUAACAACAUUUAAAUAAUUGAUUUAAAGCAGAAAUAACGUGAUUUUAGGAACUUAUAGUAUUGGUUAAUUGAAGAUUGAUGAAUAAAGUGAAAUUAACUGUUAAAUUAAUGCACUUUAAAAGGAAUUAAAAGGAGCUAUAAUUAUUGGUAAUAGUUAGGCUUUGUUUAUAACAAAGUACUUCUAAACUAUGCAAUUAGAAUAAAUUCUGAAAUCAUUCUAAUUCAAUUUUGAUAAAAUAUUCAGUAUCUUCGAAUAUAAAGUCAUAAUUAAAUUUUUAAUAGAUUAACUAUUUAAUUAAAUCAUGAAAGUUAUACAUCGAUUAAUUUUAUCCACUUUUUACUAAUGUUCAGAAUGUUUACAAUUGUACUAUUUUGUAAAUUCCACUUUAUAUCAUAUUUCUCAAAACAUAAUUGAAACUGUAAUUGCUAAUCCUGAGAGCCAUAGAACUCGUAAUAAAUGUAUAUAAUGCCAAAAUUCUUUAAAAUAUAUUUCCUUCUAGCUUAUCAUUUAAAAAAGUUUAGAUUAUUUUGAAUAGAAAAUAUUAUUGAAAUUAUCAGAUGAAUUCAAAAGCCAACCAAAAUGUAAUGAAAAACACGAUACUGAACUUCUGAAAGAAAUUAAUAUGGAUAUAAAUGUUAAUAUAAAGAUAAAUAACAACUUAAAAUGUGAGAAUUCUAUAUCAGUUCUAUUUUUAGCUAAUGAAGAUGAUAUUAAAAAACAUAGGAAUUAACAACAUGUUAAGAUUGAUAAUAAAAUCUUCUUUAAUGGUUAACUCAAAGAUCGCAACUGUACUUAUAUAUUUCAUAAUCCUCCUUUAUUUGACUUCGAUAUUACUAAUUUGAAUGAAGUAGAUACAUUUAAAACAUAUUUUAGUAAAAAUCCAAUUCAUAUAUUUGUUUUUUUCUUAAAUUAUUAAAGAACUGAAAUCAUGAAGUCAAGAUACUUCGAUAUGUUUAAAAAAUUACCAAAUCUAAAUAAAUAGUAAGUCUUUAUUUUUGUGACUUCUUGUGAUGCUGAUGUCGAUUAAUAGCAAAAUUUGAAAAAGGAAUUCUAAAAAUUAUCAUGCAAUUCUAUGGUCUUUUUGAAGAGGCAAAUCAAUCAAACUGUAAUUAAAUCUUAGAUUUUAGAUUGCUUUUCAAACGCUAAUGCAAUCUAAUUUCAAUUUUAAGAUACUAUUUUUGAAAAGUAGAAUGCUGAAGAAGAUAAAAAAAUUUUAAAUAAUUUUAGAGAAGCUUCAGAUCAAAUUAAAAAUGAUAAACUGGAAGAAUUAUACAAUUAACAAAGGAAUAAAGAUAAUUAAAUUGAAGAGUUAAAUUUUGAAAUAGAAAAAUUGGAAAAGAUUCUGAAUCAAAAAAAAGAGAAACUUAGAAAUAUAAUUUAAGAAAAAGAAAUAAAUAAGUCCAUUAUCUAGCAAUUGAGGCAAUCAAAAUGUAGAUGA